CUCCGCUGCUCAGUAUGCAUUGAGAAAGCGAAAAGUAGUGAACGAAUUAUUACGUUAUAUCUCGUAUUUAUAUUUAUACGGAAGCAAGAAGCAAGAAGAACGGUUUACCAAGUCGUUGACAAGAAUUCGAUUCCACCAAUCAGGAUUGUCGUUUUAACUUCCUCUGCAGGGUAGUUUAAUCUGUACAGCGCACGCGCAAUAUCGACAGUUUUGCUUGCACGCUUCUUCGAUAGCAUUUCAAAGCAACGAAAUUGUCACUAAGAAAUUAUUCACUUUCUGUAAACACAAAUCAAUUAUUGAAAGCAGUAUCAUCGUAACAUCCGGUGUUUCGAUAUUCCAACUUAUAAGACGUGCAGACAACGUCAAAGGUGAAGAACUGACAUCCAUACUUUCAGAGUUAACUUUUACUCAAAGGUACCACGUGAAAGUGGUUUGCUUGUAUCAUGUGAAAGAAGUACACUCGAAAGAGGCAUCUACGAAUUUUCGCGGAAGUACUAGCAGAACAAGAUAAUAAGAAUAAAUUUGUACAAGUGUGGAAAAUUAUUAUAUAAUUAAUUCGAAAAUCGCAUUGAAAAUUUGAAUGGAAUAAGUGUCGGAAGCCACGCCUAAAGUAGCCGAUGCACUCGUGAGCGUCGAUUGAGGUUAGCUCGCUUCUAAAUGAUCAUCGCGAUUUAAGUGCGUCCGUCGUCCGUGCGUAGCGACUGACGAUUUUAUUUGUACACACUGUGCGUGCGUGUUCCGGAGGAGUGCCAGCUCGAAGAAAGGAAUAAUGUCAAGCAGUGUUUGCCACGCGCCCCUACCAGCACGAAUGGAAGCAUUCACCACGAGGCUCUGUCUCCGUGCUGCUGACCAAUAUGAGCGGCUUCUGCAAGCUCACUUCAACAAGAUUUUUUUGGUUACAGCCUUCGAGCAAAGAGCAAACGCGGCUGAAUCAUAAUUCGAAUCACAAGGAACAUCGAAGGCAAAAGGAUGCUUCGUCGAGCAACACUUACAGCGCCUUCCGUCAAUGGCGAAGGGGCACGUCUAUGGGCUCGAAUCGGUCCAACAGUGUUGGGUCUAGCUCGACCGGAGCCCUUGCCAAAUUGCCUAAUGAUGCAGCGACCAUACAAAAAAUAGAACAGUUUCCAUUGGUCCUUUCCGAUGCCACUAUGCCAGAAGAGGAUCUUUCGUUGAAGUUUUUAGCGCUGAACGCCUUGGAUUUAACAGCCCCAGCCAGUGACGUUCUGUUGAAGAACAGAUUAAAAUCUUGGUUUCAAUUGUCCGGGCAUCCUGAUGGUUUCGCUCCCGCUGGACCUGGAACAGUUUGGAAGAGAAAAACUGGAGGAGCAGAAAAUACAGAGAGAAUUGUUUACGAAGCCCUUAGCAAAGACAAGGAACUACGGGAUUGCAUUCCAAGAUACUAUCGUGAAGUGGAAUACAAAGGUGACACGUUCAUAGAGCUACAGGAUUUACUAUUUGGUUUCAACGAUCCACACGUAAUGGAUAUCAAGAUGGGCACGAGAACGUUCCUCGAAUCGGAAGUGUCAAAGACGACCGCUAGACCUGAUCUAUAUCAAAAGAUGAUCGCCGUUGAUCCAAAUGCUCCGACCAAGCAAGAACACGAGCAACGUGCCGUGACUAAAUUGCGGUACAUGCAGUUCCGUGAGCAACAGAGCUCGACCUGUAGUCACGGAUUUAGAAUCGAGGCUAUGAAAUUACCCGGUGGUCCGCCGAUCACCGACCUAAAGAAAGUAAAGUCACACCAGGAAGUGCUCGAAACUAUGAAUCUGUUUCUUGGAACAAGCGAAAACACUCGCGAAAAACUGCUCGCACGGUUGAAAAAUCUUCGUUCAAAGAUCGAGAUGUCCGAAUACUUCAAAACUCACGAAAUAAUUGGUAGUAGUAUUUUUAUGAUCUACGACGAUGAUAAAGUUGGCGUUUGGUUGAUCGAUUUUGCUAAAACACGAGGAUUGCCAAAUGGACAUAGAGUAACACACAGGAAACCAUGGGAACAAGGCAACCACGAAGAAGGCUUUUUAUUUGGUCUCGAUAAUCUUAUUUCUACGAUAGAAGAAGUGAAUCUUCCAAACGCGUAAUUCUCGUAUAAUAACUAUUUCAUUCGUGAAAUCAACUUACAUAAAUAUCCUAUACCGGUCUCAUCCUAAUAACGGCUAUCGUAUUUUUUCUAUUUGCUUCAAUAAACUAAAUAAAAAAUGUCCAAUUUUCUCUUUGGCAAAAUUCCAUAGCAUAUUUUGCAGAUAUUUUCUGAUACGAUUGAUAUAUUAAAAACUUUAAUACCUAUACCUCUGUGUAUAAUUAUCAUUGGUCUUUGUAAAGAAUUAAAAAAGAUGAGACUGCCUAUAAAAUACAAAUUAUGUAUUUAAAUACUUUAAAACAAAACGCUAAUACAAGGUAUUUGAGGCGGAAGACUGCUUGUUGUUGCAUUUUUUCUAUGAACUACUUUUAACCGAAAGGAAGUUUGAUAAACAUCGCUUUACAGCAUAUUUAGUGAGCGUACAAAAUUUACAUUGAUGUACAAAUAUAGUGUUAACUAAGUAUAAUCGUUUAGAAUAAUUAUUUAUGAAGAAAAAGUUAGAUUGUAAGGUCUAUUUUUUGAAUAAAAUACUCGCUACGACGAACAAUUCUGAGUAACAAUCUUAUAUUAAAUUAUUUUGUUAUCUAACUGCCAAUUCUAGUAGAAAGAACAUUUAUAAUAAAGCAUUUCGUUUAAGACGUAUAAAUUACACAAAACGUAUUUUUAUUGUAUUUAUCAGUGUAAUUCCCGCUAACAUUCGUUUUUCUGCGUAAAUACUGAUUGUUAUAUAUUAGACGAUGUUAAGCAAAAUAAAUAAUAGUAUGAAAUAAUAUUAUUCAACAAUAUAUACAAACAUUUCGAAAACUAAGAAAUCUCAAACAAAUUUGUGUCAUUCGAUUUCUAUCGAUAUUAUAUUUUACAUUUACAUGAUUCUAGUAGAAAAUAAAGCAUAAAUAAAUAUA